CCUCGACGAGCGACAGCAGCAGCGGGAACGUGGUCGAGCGACUGCCAGUGUGACAAACCUUCUACAGACUUUGCACUCGCAUUGGUCACAUUGUUCCGGGGCUGUGGACGCCUCAUGGAAAGAUAUCGGUCAGAACUUGCUCCUGCAAACGAAUAGACUGAAGGCUGAGUGGCCGGACACGAAAGACAAGUAAAGUGCCAUUGUGAGUAUCUAUAUCACCGUCUGUCGCUCCUUCGAAAUCACGACAUCUCAAAUCCAUAUCCAUCUCUGUCUAGUUCGAGUAACGGGUCAAGCUACUACACAUUCCAACAACGCACACUUGAUCGCUUCGUUGUCACCAUGCGUACUUCAUUUGCUGCCACCAGCCUUCUGGCUGCCUCCACUAUGGCAAACCAGCUCCUCGCCUUCACCAACGCCAACAGCUUCGGCGCAAUGUUGAAGCGCGGAGACACCAUCCUUAAGCGUCAAGGCUAUUCUCCAGACACAAGCUAUUGCGGCAGAGGUGAUACAUGCGCAGAAGCGUGUGGAGCCAACAGUGUUCAGUGUCCUUCGACCGACACCUCUAUGCUCUACUGUCACGACUCGAACGACGGUUCAAAAUGUUGCCCUGAUGGCUCCGGCAACUCUUGUGAGGCUGGAUACUACUGCACUUCCGACAGUGCAGGUGACACUUACUGCUGCCCUGACGGCAUCGGUAUGUUGCACUGAUUCGAGCAACUACCCUGACGCAGGACUGAUCCCAAACAGAUACCGCCAACUGUGCACUUCAAUAUUCGCUUUCUGUCUCCCUUAUCCGACAGACUGCUGUCAUUACUCCUUCCGCCACUCCUCUCGAGAGCACUCUUCCCGCCGAGACUCCAGUAUCUA